CGCAGAGACGGAGCGCACGGUUGGGUCGCGCGACAGUUCAGCCGCCGCUUCGCUCUUCCCGAAGACGCGGAGGGGGAGGGCGUGUCGGCCACUCUCGACAACGACGGCGUUCUCGCGGUUCGCGUUCCCCGAAGACGCUCGAAGACACCGGAAGAGCCGAAAGUGGUGUUCAUUCCCGUCAGCGAAGAGAAAAGCGAAGAGAAAAGCGAAGAGAAAAGCGAAGAGAAAAGCGAAGUUUAUGGCAUUCAGAGCGCCGUUGCGUCGAAAGCAUGCUUUCGUGCCACUCGAGUGCCGCUCACAUAUUCCGUGACGACAUUCGCGUCACAACAGAGCCCUGCAAUGCAUUCACGCGACGCCCCCUUCGCCACAAACGACACGUUGUGCGCGAAUUCCCUCCUUUCGGUGUCCGGGAGUCGAGUGUCGGGAAACUCCGUCCGCACCCAAAACGUGAUGGCCGCGUCCGCUAUCGCCAACGUCGUGAAGUCCUCGUUAGGACCGAUCGGUUUGGAUAAGAUGCUCGUCGACGACAUCGGAGACGUGACGAUCACGAACGACGGCGCGACCAUUCUGUCGCUCCUGGAGGUGGAGCACCCGGCCGGCAAAAUACUCGUCGAUUUGGCGCAACUCCAGGACCAGGAAGUGGGCGACGGAACCACUUCUGUCGUGAGUAUU